CGCCAAAGCUUGACAACAAAGCGGCUGUUUGGAGUUUUAAGGGACAGUUAGCUUCACUUCAGCUAAACUAAAUAUAAAUCUAUUCUCUUCCAGUUCGGGAUUUACCGCAGUUUAACGGAAAGCUGGUCGGUUUGGUGUAAAGUUUCCGGUUGGAGCCGCUCACAUGUCGUGAUGUCUGGAAGGACGGAGCAGCUGCUGGUCGUUGUUUCUGUCCUGGAAGGUCGUCACUUCCCCAAGAGUCCUGGCCUCAGUCUGGUGGUUCAGGCGAGCUUCGACGGCGAGCAUCUUUCCACGGAUCCGGUGGAGCAUGGAGAGCAGCCUCAGUUCAGCACCGAGCUGGCCUGGGAGCUGGACCGCCGGAUGCUGCACCAGCACAGACUUCAGAGAACUCCGAUAAAGCUUCAGUGUUUCGCCGUCCACUCCAUCAGCAGGAAGAGGGAGAAUGUCGGCUACAUCGUCCUGGACCUGCGAUCGGUUCAGGAGGUCCGACAGGAGCCUCGCUGGUUUCCGCUGCUCAGCAGUAAAUACACCAAACAGAAACCAGCUCUGCUCCUCAGCAUGCAGCUGGAGAACGACACCAAACCUUCAGAACCUUCACCGGACCGCUUCAAGGCCAGGAAGGCUCCUCCCAGACAAGGUUCCUCGUCAGUAACUGAUCUUCUCCCAGACAGACUGGAGGCAGUUCUGGUUCCAGAUCAGGGCUACCAUCAGGUGGGACCUGCAGAUCUCUGCACCGACGUCUUCGUCCUCUCCGUCACCGUGGCGUUCGCUACCAAACUGGAACAGCUGAUCCCCAGCACCAGGAAGCUGUCGGCCGAGGGCUCAGACUUCUUCUUCUACUACUCUCUGCUGGGCAACGACAUCACCAGCGAGCCUUUCCACAACCUGCUGAGUCCCGACUUCGAGCCGGAGCGCGCCUCGGUGCGCAUCCUCAGCAGCAAACAGAUCCUGCAGAGCUUCCUGUCCCAGCAGCCCAGUUUACAGAUCCACCUCUGCUGUGGGAACCACUCCCUGGGCAGCACCGACGUUUCCCUCUCGGCUCUGUCGGCUGUUUCCGUGGAUCUGGAGGAGAAGGCGGCGACGGUGGAGGGAGCGUUCGUCCUGGAGCCUCCGAGACGAAACAAGCUGAAGCUGCCGGUUGUUCCUGUGGAUCUGCAGCCGACUGUAGGAGUCGCUGUUACCCUGAGGAGGGAGGAAGUACCACCACAGUCUGUAGGGAAUAAAGAAGGUCCUGGAGCUCCUCUUUCUGCUGCUCAAAGACCUCGAAGCUCCUCUCCAAUCAGAAAACCUCCAGACUCUCCUGCUGCUGCUGCUGCUGCUGCUGCUGCUGCUCUUCCUCCUGCUCUUCCUCCUGCUCUUCCUCCUCCAUCCUCCCACACUGAGAGUGAAGCUGAGAGUCUUCUGGAGGAGCUUCAACGAGCCAAAGAUCAGGCAGAACUGGCAGCUGCAGAUCUAGAGGUUCCUGAUGUCCUUCACCGUCAUCCUGAAGCUGAAGGAGCUGAAGGCGGAGCUGAAGGAGGAGCUGAAGGCGGAGCUUCGUCCGUCAGCGUUUCUGCUCCCAAAGUUUCCAUCCCGUCCUCGGCUCACCACUACUGCUUCUCUCUGGAGCUCCGCAGCCUCGGAAACCUCAGCCUGACUCACCCCAUCGCCGCUACGCUCAGAUAUUCGUACCAGUUCUUCGGCAGUGCAGCUCCCAUCAUGACCAACCCUCCUGUGGAGCUGAACAGGAACAUGGAAGUUUCUCUUCCUCAGUCGUUCUGCGCCUUCGACUUCGCUGCUCUGCAACAGCAGCUUCAGGACACUUUCCUCAGGUUUCCUCUGAUCGUGGAGGUUUGGCACCGAGACGCCUCCAGCAGAGACCAGCUGAUUGGACGAGCCUCCGUCCUGCUGUCUCACCUGCUGAGUUCUGACAGGAGCCGGUUCCUGGGGCCCGCCGGAGAGCAGGGCUGGAGACAGACCCACCAGGACCGGGUCCCCGUGGUCCCCGUGGUCCAGACCCAGCGAGCCGCUGAGAAGGUGGCGGAGCUGAGCUACGUGGCGACGCUGGAGGACCUGGGGUUGGUUAAAGCCACCGAGGUCAUCGUGUCCGAGUCGUCACAGGCGAGUCGGCAGGUCGAGGAUGAACCUCCAGCCCUCUCACGGCCGUCCUCCCACCCAGCGGCUCCCGUCCGGCCUCCGGCUCCCAGAGACACCCUGGAGUAUCGGACGGCUCUGGAGCUGGAGCUGUGGAAGGAGCAGCAGGAGGAUCUGUUCGACGAUCAGCUGAGGAGGAAGGAGUCGAGCCACAUGCAGGCGUUGGCAGAAGAGUGGAGGAAGAGGGACCGAGAGAGAGAAGCUCUGGUCAAGAAGAAGGAGGUGGAAUACAACCAUCUGGAGGAGCAGCUCCAGAAAACCCUGUCUGAUCUGGAGAAGAGAGAAAAGCAGCUGGCUGAGGCCGAGCUGGAGACCGGGAGGCUGCAGACGGAGCUCAGGGCUGAACAUGAUCUUCUCCAGAGGCAGCAGCAGGACGCCAGCAGGAGGCUGCAGCAGGACUGCGACCACCGGGUGGCGCUGGAGAGAGACAAGGUCCGGCUGAUGGAGGAGGAACGAGGACGGCUGCUGCAGCAGAUUACAGAUGCAGAGUCUCGAUACAAACAUCUGGAGAGAGAGUUCCAGAUGUACAGAGAGCAGCAGAAUGUCAGACCAGAGUUCAGACUGCAGGCAGACAUCAACCUGCUCACUCUGGAGAAGGUGGAGCUGGAGAGGAAACUGGAGUCGACGACUAAAUCUAAACUUCACUACAAGCAGCAGUGGGGUCGAGCCUUAAAGGAACUGGCUCGCUUCAAACAGCGCGAGCAGGAAAACGCCAUGAACCGUCUGAAGAAGCAGCAGGCGGAGCUGGAGGCCAUGAGGCUGCGUUACCUAGCAACAGAGGAGAAGGAGGCCAUGCAUCAGGACCGGCAGGAGCUGGACGACAUCAAGAACCAACUCAACAGGUUAAAGCAGCAGGAGGAGCUGUCAGGCCCCGCCCCCUCCACCUCUGACUCCGCCCCCUAUCCAGGUGAGGAGCACCUGAGCCGUCUGCUGGAGGAGCGAGACACGCUGCUGAGGACCGGAGUUUACACGCAUGAAGACCGGAUCAUCGCCGAGCUCAACAGACAGAUUCAGGACGCCAUGACGACGGCCAAUCAGAGGAGAGCUGAGCACACCUGAGCUGCAGGCUGUAAACUGAUGAUUCCUGAUGAUCCAUCGAUGCUAAAAGAUGGAAAACCGUCCAGCUGUCGUCAACUAAAGUCUGUUACAGGAAGUAAAAACUGUGAAUCUUCUCUUUAAAGCUUCAUCCUGCUGGUUUUCCAUGUUUAACCUUCAAAUUACUGAUAAAUCCAACCAAACUGCACACUUUCAGACUCUAUGAUGAUGUGUUCAAGGACACUACGGCAUCCUGUGGUUGAUUUUAUAGAUCUGUUAACCUUUUUAAAUAUCUCCUACAUUUUGGAGUGUCAGUGAACACACCACUACAGUCCUUUCAAAACAAACACUUAUUUUCUCUGUUUUUUCUGGAAAAUGUGACAAUAUAAGUUAUUCUAACAUCAGUUUUUGUCAGAACAACCGUCAGAAACACAAAUUUAAUCAGUGUUCUGUCAGAAAAGGUUCAGAUUUGUGGUAAAUAUUAAAAUCUGUGUUGGUUUUUGACAGACGUUAACAAAAAGAGCAGCUUAGAUGAAGAAAAUCAUGUGAAAACCAACAUGACUGAACAUGUAGAAUCAGCGGACUGAUGCAUUAAUGAGUUAUUUUAUUGACGAGGCUGUGGUCUGACAGCAGGUGGCGCUGCAGCCUCAGGAAAGUCUGUAGACAAUAAGAGACAUUAAUUUAUUUUUUAUCAUCAGAGAGUCUGAUCUGUUUGUUUAGAAUAAAUUAUUUUUGGAUAAAAGAUGAUCUCUGUGUUAGUUUUCAUUGAUGCUGUCUAUAUUUUACUGUUUAUAGAAUAAAGAUAUUUAACAGUCUUA